GGGGAUUUCCAUGUUGAGACCAAGCCUCCUCAUAGCUCCUCAUACCUAAACACAGCUAACUGGUCACAGUCAGUCAGAGUUCUACUGUCUACAGGCUGUGUCCUAUUCAGUCAUGUGCUCAGAUCGGACUUCUGUACAGGCGGCCCAGAAACCCAGUAAACCUGGGACAUCGAAUGGACUUGAUAAGCUGAAUCGUUUGGAACAGAUGGAGCAAGAGGAGUCACUGGACAGAGAGGACCCCAGAGAAUACUGCCAUGGGGGGUACCACCCUGUUCACAUUGGAGACACCUUCAACAGGAGAUACCAGGUUGUGUCUAAGUUGGGCUGGGGAUACUUCGCCACUGUUUGGCUCUGCUUGGACCUCAGGUUGGGCAGGCGAGUGGCUGUGAAGGUUUUGAAGAGUGGAGAAGGAUUCACACAGGCUGGGCAAGAUGAACUGACUCUGCUACGUUGUGCCAGUGGUCCCACGGCUCGUCACCCCCACAGCCGGAGAAUAGUCCAACUGUUGGAUGAGUUUAAGAUAGCUGGGGUCAACGGAGUCCAUGUAUGCUUAGUGCUGGAGCUGUUAGGACCAGACCUCUGCUGUUGGCAGGUCUGUUUUGGGAAACCAGGACUAUCGCUUUCUUGGGUCAAACAGGUCAUUGCUCAGGUUCUUCAGGCGUUGGACUACCUGCACACUCAGUGUAAAAUCAUCCACACAGACAUCAAGCCUGAAAAUAUACUGCUUUGUUUGGAGGAGCAGAACCCAAAACAGACAGCAGGGGGCAGUGCAUGUCCUCCAUUCCCUGGGAAAGAUGCCAAGUCGAUGAGUUUAGCAGAGAAGGACCUGGUGACUCCCAUCAGUCUGAAGGAGGUCACAGUAAAGAUUGCUGACCUGGGAAGCUCCUGUUGGGUGUACAAACAUUUCUGUGAGGAGAUCCAGACCUGUCAGUAUCGCUCACUAGAGGUUCUACUGGGCUCUGACUACGGCCCACCAGCAGACAUCUGGAGUGUAGCCUGCUUGGCGUUUGAGUUGGUCACUGGAGAUUCAUUGUUUGAGCCCAAAGCUGGGAAGACCUUUUCCUUAGAGGAAGACCACAUCGCUCAUAUAAUUGAACUCCUUGGCAAAAUCCCAGCAGCAGUAGCCUUGUCCGGGAAAUAUUCAGUGGAGUACUUCAAUCGCAGAGUCUCUCUUUCUUCUCCCUCCUCUCUGUUGCGUGGUCUCCCAGGUGAAAUGAAUCAUAUCGGGGUGCUGCGGUCCUGGGGUCUGUAUGAGGUGCUGGUGGAGAAAUACCACUUCCUGCUGAAGGAGGCCUCUCUGUUCUCUGACUUCCUGUUGUGCAUGUUGGACUUCCAGCCCGAGAGGAGGGCCAAUGCUGCCCAGUGUCUCCGGCACCCAUGGCUUAGCUCCUGAGCCCUGGCCUUGGAGACCUGAUAGCCCUGCCAAUGGGGACCCCCCCAGAGCCAACUUGAUACGAAGUUAGUAGAUACAUGUGUAUGUUAGUGGACCUGCAGAAACAAACCGAAUGGUGCUCAGUCGCUAAGACUAGGGGAGGAUGUAACGUAGAGGCCCCAUGCCAAUGUUCUCUGUGAUAUGUAAUAUUUUGUAUACAUUUUUUAAGUAAUGCUACAUUUAUCUUCUUAUAAAUGUAUGGAGCAUUUGAUUAUCUGUAAAGCAGUGGAGACUGGUGGGAGGAGCUAUAGGAGGACGGGCUCAUUGUAAUGGCUGGAAUGGAAUAAAUGGAACAGUUUCAAACAGAUCAUACAUAUGGAAAGCACAUGUUUGACUCUGCUCCAUUAAUUCCAUUCCUGUAAGGGGUGCGUGAUGGUGGCAGGGAAGUCAGGCGCAGGAGAACGAACUUGGUAUAAACGGAGUUGUUUAAUAAAUACUGAAACUCCAAAACAACCAAAAUGUACAAAAUAACAAGUGGGUACAAAACCCGUUGCACACCAAUACUAAAAUGCACAUCACAUACAAACAAAACAAUCUCCCACAAGGACAUGAGGAGAAACAGAGGGUUAAAUACACAACAUGUAAUUGAUGGGAUUGGAACCAGGUGUGUAGGAAGACAAGACAAAACCAAUGGAAAAUGAAAAAUGGAUCAAUGAUGGCUAGAAGGUCGGUGACGUCGACCGCCGAACACCGCCCGAACAAGGAGAGGGACCGACUUCGGCGGACGUCGUGACACAUUCCAGCCAUUACAAUGAGCCCAUCCUCCUAUAGCUCCUCCCACCAGCCUCCAAUUCUGUAAAGCAUAAUGAACGCACGACGUAAAAUAUUAUUCAAGUUUUGUAUGAUUUGCUUAAAUGUAAAGCUUGUGCUCAGCCUUUCCACAGCUGUGCUGUACAGUGCACUGUGCCAAUAGUAAUAUGUUUUUAGCUCUUUUUUUACAACAUCCAAUAAAUAAAGUAUUGAUAAAAAUC